UUGAUUUGAAAUGUGAUGGCUGGCUUCUUCUUUCUGCUCCCCGUCUCACAGGCUCUGAUGCGUCCGGGUCGCCUCGACCGCAUCGUCUACGUGCCUCUGCCCGACGCUCCGACCCGACGCCAGAUAUUUUCCCUCCAGUUCCGCAACACGCCCGUGGCCGAGGACGUGUCCGUGGACGAGCUGGUGACCCGCACGGACAAGUAUUCCGGCGCGGAGAUAACGGCAGUAUGCAGAGAGGCCGCCCUCCUCGCCCUGCAGCAGGACAUCACAGCGCAGCGCGUGGAGGCCGAACACUUUGAGAGCGCCCUGAUGGCGGUGAAGCCCCGCAUCCCCGACUCGCUCAUCCAGUCGUACGUCAGCUACCAGCAGCGCCGCAGCGGCCUCAGCGCCUUCUGACUCCAGAAGAAAGGAUUCUGUUUUCCCAAAAGUGUGUGUUUUUGUACCUGGUAGACCUCCUUUAUUAGCUCAAAUAUUGUUCCCCAGUUUCUCUUUUUUAAGAAAUGUGUGAGAUAUUGAUGAUGUAUUAAACGCAUUAUGUAUAUUUUCA